AUGUUUGCAAUAACACCGGGGGAGUCAGCUGAUGACUGGGAUUUCUUUCUUUCUAGGUUAAGGAUGCAUGUUUGCCCCCAACCUGAUAUAUACGUUAUAUCAGAUCGAGGCACCGGGAUACUAGCUGCAAUUGAGCGACAGGAAAGCCUAUGGCAUCGCACACACCAUCGGUACUGCCUAAGGCACAUUGCUUCCAACUACUACAGGCAAUAUCCAUCUAAAGGUGAACGACGACAAGUGGCCAACAUGGGCUAUGAGAUAAGUAAGGACCGUUUUCAUGAGAUGUUAACAGUUUUCCAUUCAGUUAACGAAGAGGGCCAUGACUGCCUAUGUAAUAUGCCUUUCGAACAGUGGACACAAGCAUACGACGGUGGCUUACGAUAUGGUCACAUGACUUCAAACCUAGCCGAAUGUAUAAAUUAUGUUCUGAAAGGAACACGUCAUUUACCGAUAACAUCAGUUGUGCGAGAGACAUAUUUUCGUUUAGCGGCACUAUUUUUGAAACGAGCAGCGAGUUAUGCAGGCCAAAUGCAGGGAGGCCAUGUAUGUUGCGCAAAGGUACUGCAAGAAAUUAACAAGGCGAAGGCACGGGCGAACACUAUGCACACAGUGUGUUACGAUCGAGACAACUUAUGGUUUCGCGUGACAGAGUUUGACAAACCGCACCAAGGUAUUACUGGCGGGCAAUAUCGUGUACACUUAAGAAAUAGAACUUGCGAUUGUGGGAGGUUUGACGCACUUCGUUAUCCAUGCGCUCAUGUAAUUGCAGCUUGUCAAAAUCUUCGUCUGGAUCCCAUGAGCUAUGAUGACGACGCGUACAAAUUGGAAUACAUGUACAACGUGUGGAGACACAUAUUCCCACCGGUCCCAGAUGAUCGUAAGUGGCCCUCUGUAUCGCUUGCUCCGUUUAAGCUGUUACCGGAUAGAUUGUUGCGACGUAAACCAAUGGGUCAACCUUGCUCGACUAGAAUACGCAACAAUAUGGAUAUCCGAGAAACAACCAAUCAACAGAAGUUAUAUGGAUGGUGUAGGAACCCAGGCCAUACAAGUAGAUCAUGUCCAAAUCGCAAUAGUUGA